ACGUUUGCUCUACGUUUCUACGUGUCCAGCGCAUGUUGAACAGUUGCCAGCGUUCGUGUGCUUCUGGUACUCGGCUGUACCGAAUUGUGAAUGAAAAGUUCUUCUGAUCGGAGUAUAUUUUCUGUCCAAACUGCUCACGUGCAGCAAAUUGAGGAAGUGUGGAAUUUGCUACGUAGCAUCUUUGGUAAGUAUCAAGAGUUCUAUGUAUCCUGAUCCCUUCAUAUGGAUCAGGGCAAUAAAUAGACAUUUAUUUACAUCUUGGAAAUGGCAAGGGACGUUGGUUUGAUUAUGUACUUUUCAGUAUAGUAAACAUCUUGAUUUUAGGGGAGAUAAGUUCGGAAUGGAAUUGAAGGUCUUACUGAAGUUAUUGGUCAUCCACUGGAUGUUAAUGGUUCUCGUGUGAACCAUGAGAUAUCUAGAACUCUGCAGUGUCGAUUUCGAACUUUGACGAAUGUUCAACAAGGGCAAUGAUUUAUGGUAGUGAUGCCGAAGUUUUUUCUCAGGACGCUAGGUGCUGAAAUUGUGAUUCAUAUGUCGGUUGAAAAGGCGACUUUUGGAUUGACUGACAACCAAGGGAUUUACUUUGAAGUUCUAUGAACCGUAGUCUUUUAUGGAGGUGUCGCUUUAUUCUUUUGUCGUUUAAUCUACGAUAAGAGCGCAUGAUUUGAGGCCUUUCUAUUGCACAACUCGAGCGAGCAGGAGAAGCACGGAGUCCUGUAGCAGUCAUACUUCGCAGUUGGCAGACACGGACGUGCCAGAACCAAUUUGUUGAAGUUUGACUCAUGCCAUGAGGAGAGACAUGACAGAGCUUUCUAUGGGGAAGGGAAAUCUCUUUCGAUGGAGUAUCUCAUUUUCAUCCUAUCUGGUUAUGGUAAGUGAUGGCGUGGACUGUAAGUGAGGUUUCCAUUCAAAGCUUGUUUUCUUAGGUUUUCCAUAGAUGUGUCUAUUCUUUGUAUUUCACAACCAUCUAACACUGCUUUUGCUUUCGUGUCGAAUAGAAAGUAUGUAUAUUGUAUGUUUGUACCAACCAACGUGAAGGUCGAAUAUUGGUGCAAAAGAUCCACACUUGUCCAGAGAGUUAAAUGCGAGAGUUUCUAUUCCAGGGGUACUGGAAUAGAAACUCUUCGCAGGAGUACCCCUUCGCAGGACAGGUUUAUGUCUGUGGAGUUUGUGUCGAAAAAAAGUGUCGCGACCUUAUCGAGAUUAGUCGUACAGUUUGGAUGACGUGGAAUUUUACAACUUUUGAGACUGCGGUGAAGGUAAUGAUGUUCCAUGGAUUGAUGUGUUUCCUGUUGGGCCUACAGUUCAAGCAGGUAGUAAACCCUAUGAACUAUGCUACCCAUUAGACCAGCGUCCUCGUUACCUUGUGUGUUGAGGAUAUCAUAGAGAUUAGUUUUAGGUCUAGUGCUGAGAGAACCCCAUUUUUAUGAGGAAUGGAACUGUGGGAAACUUCAAUUGAGUGGCUCCAUUCAAUUAGGUUGGAGAUAUUGUGAGGCUGAGAUAUUUUAAGAAGUUGCAUCCGCUGGCUAUCUUACAAAUGAGUUGAAAAUGGUCGUUGCAACAAAUGGCGCAUAGACAAAAGAGUUCAAAGUAAAGAAGUAAAGAAGUAAAUCAUUAGGUGGCCAUCAUUGACGAUUCUUGUUAAACCAUCAAGAAAGUAGUCGAUAGUGAACGCAUUCGUUAUAGUGACCUGUAAACUUUACUUUUGAUCAUCCAGAUCAGUACGGAGAUUUGAUGUCGGCAUAGCGUUUGUCUAGGAGUCCCAAUGAAACACAGCAUAGUGUCUCAAUAACAUACAAUGAAGACUUUUUUUAAAAAGAAGCUUUUUGUUGAAAAUGUUCAUUUCAACCCAUGUUUACUCCAAUCGCGAGAAAAGCGACUUAAGGAGCAUUUUUUCACACUUUAUUCCCACAAAGC